AUGCCACUCCUUUCGAAUCUUCCUGCAUUGCGCCUGACACUGGCCUACGCUCUACAUGAGCCAUCAUCGCUGCUACCACAUCGCACCAUAGCAACUCUCCUUGCUCUACCACUGCCCGUUGGCAUAGUCCUUCCCUCACUGCCCGGUUCGGAGAAGAAGCCUACGAUAAAAGCUCUCGUGCUCGACAAAGAUAAUACCAUCUGCCCACCAGAGACCGCUGUCAUUCAUCCAGCCUAUCGCCAAAAGAUCGAGCAGAUCAAAUCCAGCCCGGAGUUCGCUGGCCGACCACACAGCAUUCUGAUCGUCUCUAAUACCGCGGGCAGCACUCGCUCUGCGGAGCACGAGGCAGAGGCAAAACACCUUGAAGCAGAGCUAGGACUACCGGUAUUACGGCAGCAACCGGGCCGCAAGAAGCCUCUAUGCGGACCUGAUGUUUUGCUAUAUUUCAGAGAACAUGGAAUUACCGAAAAUCCUGCUGAGAUCGCUUUUGUUGGUGAUCGGCUGGCCACCGAUGUGCUUGUCGCCCGAGAGGUUGGGAGUUGGAGUAUCUGGUGCCGCGAUGGCUGGAGAGAUCCAGUAAAGCCUGCUACAGACUAUCGGGGCCUAUUUGCCAAAGCUGAGGGUAUCCUUGAGCGCAUCCUACGAGAGCGCCUUUCGAGAAGCGCCCCUCUACCAGUGACUCCAAGGCAUCGCUAA